UCAGCACUGUCGCACUAUUUUGAUUUUACUAACACGAUUUACCAAAGGCUGUCCGUAAAAUUUCCCUAAUUGGUCACUAAACUGACUUAAAACCAUGACGCUCUUCGCCCUCAUCGCGCUGCUCAGCCUGCUGAACACAAUCCUGCCAGACUUUAUAAGAAACUACCUCAAAGUAUCCCGUUUGUGGAGCGCCAGGAACGCUUCAGAAGUCCGUCAUUUGCAGGCUGAAGUGGACGAUGCCCGGGAACAAGUGGAGGUGGUGCGCAAUGCGGAACAUUCAGGGGAAUAUGCAAAGACAAUUAAAAUAAUGCGUGCCGAGCGCAAAGUGGCCGAAGCGGAGGCGAAACUGAAAUCUGCCCGUGGAAUGGAGAACCUAAUGCGGAUGGGCAUCGAUACGGCCAUGUUCUACGGCUCCAAGGUGCUCCUUGCGCUGAUCACGAUCAUAGUUAGCUUCCGGAACCGUGGUUCGCCUGUGAUGAUCAUCGACGAGGGAAUAAGUUUGGCACCAUUCACGGGUCUCCUCAGCUUUCCCACCGGUGUGGCCAAUGCUAUUUCCGUGCCUGCCUGGGCCUUUUCCUGCAAUCUGACUUUCCGCCUCAUCUAUGGUUUCGUAAAAAAUCGAGGGGCGUGAUUUAAUCCGGAUAAAAUCCCUCCAUUUAGUUUAGCUUUUAAAAGGCGCUCGAAACUAUGUACUUUAAAAUGCUUUACUAAGCUUCAUCACGCAUUAAGACCUUAAUGUAAAGGCCCGAUAUUUUGUAAACACAUAAAAUAAAUGUAUUUUCACACAAAGAAA